AUAUUUACAAAUAAUUUAUUGCCAAGAGUAUUUUUUAUAUUGUCUUACAUAUUACAUAGUAUUGUACAAAUUUAAUAUUACAUUUCAGUUUACAUACAAACCUAACAAUAAGCACUACUAUCAUAUUUUGUAUAAUUAACAAAUUAAUGAUUCCUAAAAUUGAAUAAUUAAUUAUUAAAAUUAAACAAUACUAUAGUCAAUGUCACUAUUGACAUAUAGUUGCCAAGUGCCCCAGUGUCACAAAACGUUUUGUUAAAUUUACUCCACACUAAAUCGAAAGUUUGUUUUGAUAUUUUUGUGUCCAUCAUGGAGUGCACACAUUCGGAAUCCACCUUGUCCGAAGUGUUCCGAUGCUUCAUUUGUAUGGAAAAACUACGGGACGCUCAUCUAUGUCCGCACUGCUCAAAACUUUGUUGCUACGUGUGCAUUCGAAGAUGGUUAACAGAACAAAGAUCCCAAUGUCCACACUGUCGAGCUUCCUUGCACUUACACGAACUUGUAAACUGUCGCUGGGUAGAAGAAGUUACCCAACAGUUGGACACGUUGCAAGCUGCCAACACGAGUCCAACCAAUGAAGGCGACAAAGACAAGUGUUUAUCUCAUUUGGAGAAGCUGUCAGUCUACUGUUGGACAUGUCGUUGCUGUAUAUGUCAUCAGUGUGCAUUGUGGGGUGGCACCCACUCUGGUCACACUUUCAAACCCUUGGACGACGUUUACGAGCAACACGUUACGCAGAUCAAAGACGAAGUUGCACAAUUAAGACGACGACUUAUGGAGCUCAUAAGCAUCGUGCAAGAAAUCGAUAGAAACGUGGAAUCUGUUAGAUCAGCAAAAGACGAAAGAGUGCGUGAGAUCCGUAACGCGGUGGAACUCAUGAUCGCCCGACUGGAUUCCCAGCUCAAAACCAAACUGUUAACGUUAAUGGGGCAGAAAGAUUCACUGUCCCAGGAAACAGAACAACUGGAGCAUUUGUUGCACGAGAUCGAGCACCAGUUGCACACGUGCAGCCGAUCAGAACUGAUCACUAAAAGUGGCGACUUGUCCAGAAUGAUCCACGCCAUCAGAAAGAAACCUAUGACUAGCUUCGUCACUGCUCCAGUUCCGGCAGAUUUUCACAGUGAGAUAGUUCCCAAUUACGACAGUAGCACGUUCGUGAUACACUGUUACUCACAGCUCCAGAGAAAAGCAGAUCCUGUCUAUUCAACUCCACUGCAUUGUAACGGUUUAUGCUGGAGAUUGAAGGUUUAUCCUGAUGGUAAUGGUGUGGUGCGUGGCAAUUACCUGUCGGUGUUCUUGGAAUUAAGUGCUGGUUACCCAGAGACCUCCAAAUAUGAAUAUCGAGUGGAAAUGAUUCACCAGUCCACCAGAGACUCAUCAAAAAAUAUCAUCCGGGAAUUUUCAUCAGAUUUUGAAGUUGGGGAGUGCUGGGGAUAUAACAGGUUCUUCCGCCUUGAUCUGUUGGCCAGUGAAGGAUACUUAAAUGUACCACUGGAUACCUUGGUGUUGAGAUUUCAGGUAAGGGCACCAACAUUUUAUCAAAGAUGCAGAGAUCAACAGUGGUACAUCAAUCAACUGCAAACCGUCCAAAACCAGUACAUAUCCCAGAUUAAUGAAUCGAAGGAGAGAUUGACGACAGAAUUAACCAGAACGGGCAUCACCUCGAACAUGAGCAGUGCAACCGGUGAUGCCACGGCCAAUAUGCCAAAAGCUCCAUCUUUUAGUACGAGUGGUACCACUAAUGACGUGGUGGACUGUGCUACAGGAUCUCCAUCAAAUUUUAAUCUUCCCGAAAAGGCCAGCUCUUCUCAAGUAGAUCCUAGCACUUUUAGAAACGUACCCGAGCACUCAGGAUUCAAUUCUCAGUGGAAGCCGAGCGUUUCCAUGAGGGAUUACAGCGAUGUUACAUCGAGCCCACCUGAUGUUGAUGUUGUGAGCAGUUCUUCAAGCUCCUCCAUACGAACUCAAGAUUUGCUUGAUGCCCGCAAUGGCGCGGAAAACGGUGAGAUUUCCAAUGACGAAAUCGAUUUAGAAAUAUCAGCUCUUGGUGAUUACGAAAACGUUUCGAGCGAUUCCAGUGAUGAAAAUUGUCCAGAUCAUCCGCAGUCUGGAAAUCCAGUGGCAGAGAAAGACAAUAGUGGGUCUGCCGAAAAUCGUCAAGAGAACGAAGUUCCAUCAGCUGAAAAUUCUUCUUCUCAAGAAUAAUGACACUGGGGACCAUUUCGCAAGUUUUAAUUCCCCUUUACAGGGGAUCAAACAUCGAUCUUUAUACACUGAUUUUUAUAUAUACUCACCUAUAUUAUUAAUUUAUUAUACUUUUAUACUCACAAAUUACUUAAUGUUGAGAUGCUAAUAUCAUAUAUUAUAUAUGUAUCUAUUAAACUACAUCUUAAAUAGAUAA